CGGCCAUCAACUCCAGCCUCGAAAAUGAAGAAAAGUAAAUACUCGUUGCCAACUGUGUUGGAUGCAAAUAAAUUUCUGAUGGAUGCAACAGAUGCUGCGGUUUUUGCAACAAAUGCUAAUGACUCUGACAAAGAGGGAACAAGUAGCUCUACGCAGGCAACAGCAGCGAUUCAAACUACUGGUUUAUUGGACAUACAGCAGCUUUUACCAAGCUUUUCUGCCGCAAGUGGUUUGUUCGUAAAUGUACUGGAUGGGAAAAAGAGAAGGAGGAGCAGGAAAAAGGAGGGAGAAAAGGAGAAGAGAGGCCUUCCUCACUGA